UGAAGUGCAGAAGAAACGUGAGAGAGAAAUAACACGGAGAGAGAUAAACAGACGGAGCGGCACAAAGGAGAGAGGAGAGAUAGAGGGAGAUGAGAGGAGAUGCAGGCAGUGACCUAGAUGUUCAAAUCGCCAAGAGUUGCUCUUUCUGGUUCACUGGAUGGAGGCUGCUCCCGCGCAGGGAGGACUAGAGAAAAUAUGGGGAUGUUUUACGUGGUUUGUUGAAGGCUACACAGUGAACCGUUACUUUUUUCAGUAGGUUUUUUCGUUCAUUCGUGUUCUGUAUUUUUAUGUAGCCUACUUUGUGUGUGUGUUUUGGGGAGAAAUGGGUCAAUAAUUUGGAAGCGCCCAUGCAGUAGCGCACAGUCCCAUACACUGCCGCGCGUUAUGGCUCUCUCUGUCAAACAUGGUUUGAAAAUACACUGAGCCUUUCACAUUUACACACUGCAAAUAUAUAGUUCACGCCGCUUCCUUCCUUCCCCCUGUGUGAUGGCGAUGGAAGUGGAAGCUGACAGCGGCAGAGGUAUAUCAAGGAGCGCUCAUGAGAAAUGCCCGCGGGCGGUGGAGCGCAACGGCUAUGUGAAAACAUGUGUCACCCCUCUGUAUCAGGACGCGGGUUGCCAGUCGUGGCUGAGACUCGCAGAAAUAUGGAGUUCCCGGAGACUGUCGUCCGCGGUGUGUGUGGGCUCUGUCUCGGUUAUUCUUGCUUUGCUGGUCAGAUUGGUUGCCUGGGACGUGGAGCAGCAGAGUUGCGGCAGUAACAGCGAGAAUAACGGCGAGUCUGGAUCUCUAGUUCAUUUCGUGGUGAGCUGUGUGGUGGAACUGUUGUUGAACGUCUGGUACCUGGUGUCCCCCGUCUUCACUCUUCUAUGUGCCUUCUUUUGGGUUGGCUUGUACCUGAUCCGCUGCGGGGUGCUGAUCCGGACCGCCGUGUUUCUGUUGGCAGUGUGUCACUUGGGCGAAGCCGCGGCGCAGUCUCUCCUGCACGGUGCGGAGGACCAGUUGCUCUCGUUCACCGCCACUGUUGUGGUUCUGUCCUGUCUAGCCGGCGGGGCGCUGAUGGUGGUCAGACUCGGACAGGGUGUUUCCGUCAUCGUCUUCAUCAGCAUCAUCAGGACUGUGUCUCUCAUCUCUCUCAACAAGGUCCGGGCCAGCUGGAGACCCUACCUGGCGUACCUGGUAGGAGUGCUGGGGGUCCUGCUAGCGAGGUAUGCUGACCGGCUCCUGACGGGCUCAGGGCCACUCGGGGCGGAUUGUAGCUACGUGACAGCGGGGAAGGAAGAUAAUAUAAUUCCGGUGUUUAAAAGGCGACGGAGGUCCAGUUCGGUGGUCUCUUCAGACAUGGCGCACAGUCACAGCAACAGCAAGUCCCACCGGCGGACCUCGCUCCCAUGCAUUCCACGAGAACAGUCGUCGGGCACCAGUGUGGUGGUGGACAUAGCGGUGAUGGGGGAAGCCCAUGGAUUGAUCUCAGACCUGCUGGCGGACCCCUCCCUGCCCCCCAACACUUGCAGUUCCCUGCGGGCUGUCAGUAACCUGCUCAGUACCCAGAUCAGUUUGCAGCCGCUGCACCGGCCUCGGAUCAGCCCUCUGCAGGCACUCAGCGACACACACACCUGCUCCGAUUCUGAGGACUGGCCAGAGAGAGAGAAAUUGGCCAUCCCAAAGCGUCUGAGACGGAGCCUGCCUCCAGGCCUGCUGAGAAGGAUCUCUACAUGGACCACCACCACCUCAGCUACAGGUCUGCCCACCAUAGAACCAGGACCUGUACGCAGAGACCGCUCUGCCAGCAUCAAACCCCUCCACGACAGUCCACCAUGCAGCAUGGUGAACAGUGAGUCGUGGAACAGCGCUGUAAUGCUCACCAUCUCUAAGAGUCGCUCCAUGUCUGCCUCCUACGCUGCUUCAGCCACCUCCAACCACCUCUACAACAGACGAAUGACCAGACCAGGUUACCCCCCCUCCAACAUAUCACCUCUGGCCUCUCCCUGCCACUCCCCUCCGGUCCAGGGGACCCCUGUCUCCAGCCCCACCACCAAGUCCUGCUCUGUGGACCUACCGGACCCUGUGGACAGCCAGGGAGAGAGGCCUAUGGCCCCCCGGGCCCCACACAGAGCUUUAACACACAGCAUCAGUGCACCUAGCUCCACCACACCGCACUGGGGGCCACCAUCGCUCUGCAGCAGCUGUGGUAGACCGUACAGCAGGCUGAGCCAUGGGGAGGGAUCUAUUGACAAAGGGGACAGAAUACCCCACCCUGAUGACCCGGCAGUGGCGUCGUCAGACUAUGAGAGCACCUACGAGACCAACCACAGUGACAGCAGUGACUUUGCACAGAACGAGGAGGACAGGGAGGGGGUCAAGAAUCCCUCGGACACCCAGGAUGGGUGCAGGUCGUACCAGCCUGAGGGCAUCGUCCUGCACCCCCUACUGCCACCUCCAGAGGACACACAGCCCAUCCUGGCCCCGGAGCCUCUGGUGAUGUCAGAGCUGGAUCCUCUGAUGACUCAACUCAACAGCUGGAACUUCCCCAUCUUCAACCUGGUGGAGAAAACACAUGGCCGCUCAGGAUGCAUCCUCAGCCAGGUUUCCUACCGCCUGUUUGAGGACACGGGACUGUUUGAGAUGUUCAAGAUUCCUGUCAGGGAGUUCAUGAACUAUUUCCAUGCUCUGGAGAAUGGAUACAGGGACAUCCCAUACCACAACAGGAUCCAUGCCACUGACGUGCUCCAUGCCGUGUGGUACCUCACCACCCAGGCCGUGCCAGGCCUGCCCAACCUCCUCACAGACCACAGCUCAGACUCUGACUCUGACAGUGGACUCCUCACCCCCAGCCAUCCCAGCCAUAUAGGCCAUACAGGGUUCCUGGUUUCUAAGAUGUCUGCAGUGAUGGAGGAGGGUUAUGGCUGUCUGUCUGGCCUCAUCCCAUCCCUGGAGCUCAUGGCUCUAUAUGUGGCUGCAGCCAUGCACGACUACGACCACCCUGGACGGACCAACGCUUUCCUUGUGGCAACUAGCGCUCCUCAGGCCGUGCUAUAUAACGACCGCUCGGUGUUAGAGAACCACCACGCUGCAUCAGCCUGGAACCUGUUCAUGUCCCGGCCAGAGUAUAACUUCCUGGGCAACCUGGAGCAUGUGGAGUUCAAACGCUUCCGCUUCCUGGUCAUCGAGGCCAUCCUCGCCACUGACCUCAAGAAACACUUUGACUUCCUGGCAGAGUUCAACGCCAAGGUGGGUGAUGACGGCUGCUCGGGCAUCGACUGGUCCAAUGAGAAUGACCGGUUGCUGGUGUGUCAGAUGUGCAUCAAACUGGCGGACAUCAAUGGCCCACUGAAACACAAGGACCUGCAUCUACAGUGGACAGAGGGCAUCGUCAAUGAGUUCUAUGAACAGGGCGAUGAGGAGUCGAGUCUGGGCCUUCCCAUCAGCCCCUUCAUGGACCGCUCUGCGCCACAGCUCGCCAAGCUCCAGGAGUCCUUCAUCACGCACAUCGUGGGUCCGCUCUGUUCCUCCUACGACUCCGCCGCCCUCAUGCCGGGGAACUGGGUCGACCCCGCCGACGCACGGAGGAAGGAGGGAGAGGAGGAAGAGGAGGUGGGGGAACGAGAGACAGAGGAAGAAGAGGAGGAUACAGCAGAGGAGGAUGCAUCGACUAGCUCUGAGAAUUCCCAGAAGAACGUGGUGAAGCUUAAGAAGAGCAGGAGGAGAGUGUUCUGUCCCAUCACUCAGCACCUACUGGACAACCACGAAAUGUGGAAGAGAGUCAUCGCUUCUGAAACCCAGGACACGCCAGAUAGAGAGGCGCCUAACUGCCACAGCAACCCCGCCGAGCCAAUCACAGCCAUCCACGAGGAGGAGGAGGAGCCAGCCAGCAAGGAGCCAAUAGAUGGCCUGGGAGAGGAGACGGAAGGGGAAGAGACGGGGCUUGCAGAGGAAGAGGAAGUGGCCAAGCAAUCAGAGACUGCAGAGAAAAGGGAGGAGGAGCUGGAGUGAGAGGAUUAUCUUUGACCCUUGAAUAUCAGGAAACUGAACAUUUAUCCAAACUCAUACCCUCUCCCAACUAGACUUUCUGACUCGUGUCAGAAAUUAAACCCUAUUCCCCAUGUAGUGCACUAGCUGGCCAAAAAUAGUGCACUAUACGGGGAUUGGGGUGUUGUUUGAGACGCAGCCCCUGAUAUUUGGUUGUCAGCAAAUCACUUAGACACAACACUGUAGAAGUUUGGAGUAACAUGUGCCUAAAGAAAACAGGGUGGGGGGAGGAGCUGAGGAUGAGGAUGAGAGAGAGGUGGGAGUUAUUGUUUUAAAAACGUAUUAUAUUGGAUCAGGUUUCCAUUUCAGAAGCCCUCUCCCUGACGAGGUACCCACACCGCAAUACGGGCCCACAGAACACUGACCCCACUGCCAGCCUCAAGACACAGCUGGCCAUACUAGUGGUCCGCAUCCACCUGUCCGCCCCCACAGAACCAAGGUGUACACAGUGGACUGUACUGAAUAGACAGUACAAGCACUAGCUCCUGAGGACAAUGAGAUGAAAGUGAGGGAAAAAGCUGUGUCUGCUGUUUGUUGGUUCUCAGGGAGCGAGGAGAGGACUGAGGACUGGGGAGAGGAGGGCCAGUGUUGAUACAGAGUGUGCUCACACCCACGCAUGCAGGCAGACACACACACACACACACACACACACUCACACACACACACAAACCCAUCAGAAGAUUUGCUAGCUACCCCAGGAAGAGGGAAUUGGAAGUCUAACAGAGAAACCUGUAGCUCUGAAAAAGCUUUAUACUCACUUGAGGAAAAAAAUCGAACACAGCACAGUGUUUCUUCACAUUCUUCAUCUCUCGCAUGUUUUCUCUCUUUCUGUCUUUCUUUCAUUCUUUCUUUCACUCACUCCACUUUUGUGUCCAUCAGACUAUUUUUCUUCUCACUGCUACACAGUUCCACAGGACUCAGGAACACAGACACACCCCACUGGGCACACACUGGUUGAAUCAAUGUUGUUUCCACUUCAUUUCAUUGAAAUUACAUUGAACCAUAGUGGAAUUGGCAUUGAAUUGACAUCUGCCCAAUGGGACACAACACAGACCCCUCAUCACAGUGUCCUUGUACCCUUUGUCGUUGUUGCUUCAACCAACACAAGUGAUUGUUCUUUCCUUUGUGUUAUUGGUUUGUGGCUUUACAUUCUUAUUUUUUAACAUCGUCUGUAAGAUUUUCACUCUGUGGCGUUUGUGUUUCGUAAAUAUGGUGUGGGACUUUAUUUGAUUGCCUUUCUUAUUUUACAUACCCUGUAUCUUGAUUAUCUGCACCUGCAAAGGGAAUCACUUUGAAUCUGAAUCACAUGGUUUCUUAUAGAGUUAUAUCUUUCUUUUAUUCAGAAGCCUAGUUAUGUAUUCCAAUGUAAGAUGCUUUUAUAAGUGCAGAAUGUCUCUCUUCAUAGCCUUGACCCAGUAGAUGAAUACAUGUACCACCUCACUAGAGAAGAAACAUUCAAAUUAGGAUUCAUCUGUGGAUGUCAAUCUGACCAUGACACUGAAAAAGAGAUUCACCUUUUUGAAAGGUUCUCUACAGCCGUCUUCAUUGAUAAACUCUUUUGUAGAACUCUCUCGUAUAACUCUUUUGAUGGUUAACUGACCUCUAGCCUGUCUUUCUGUCCUCUCUCACAAUGGGAUCUACCACCCAAUACCCUGACAGGAAGUUCAGCCAAGAGAGCCAAUGUCGAAAGUACACAGAUUCUCUUUGUCUCUUCAGCGAGCAUCAUUCCCCAUAGAGUGAGCUCUCACUCAGAUCCAGAGAACCAAGGUUACAGUCGUAACCAGGCAUUUUCUAUUUAACUCUGGGAAAUCAUAUUUUUCUCCAUCAGGCUGAAAUGAUAACAGGCCUUGGGCUCCAAUAGCUUUCAGCUAGUCAAGUGAUCAAAAAAAGUUCAUUGCAGAGUGGAUCUUGGAAAGCCUUGAAGGAGAUGUGGAGGAGCCCAGAUGUUCAACCAAGAGAACAAGGUUACAGUUAUGCUCCACAAACACUCAGAGAGACUGUGCUGCUCUAUAGAACAUGGUGAAUCAUGCAUGGGGCUGAAUGCAAAGCAAACAAAAGUAUGAAGAAAGAGAAUGCAGUAAAAAUAUCCAUGCCCAGAAAGACAGAUGUCUGCUUAGUGUGUGUUUGCUGACUCCCACAAAGAAGUUAUGUAUUUAUUAACUUUCUGAUAGUUUUAACAUUUGAACCAUAGGUCCAACUGGUUCAACCAGGAACCUGUUGAAGAAGGUCAAUAUGGUUGAACUGUAGCUACCCAAUUGUAGCUAUCUCAUGAUACUGUACCUGCAGCUAUCCCAUCUCUCCCUAUCCAUCCAGCUCCAUGACAUGACCAGUCAGAAUAGGCCUAAGCAGGUGUGUGUCCCGAAUGGCACCCUAUUCCCUACAUAGUGCACUACUUUUGACCGUAGCCCUAGGGACCCUGGUCAAAAGUAGUGCAGUAUAUGGAGAAAAGGGUGGUAUUUGGGACACAGCCCACGUGGGCUAGCCAGCCAGCCUGAGGCAGGCAACAUGGACCAGUGCUGGGCUCCACGUGGCUGUCCAUAGUUCCAUAGCCCCAUUUGAUGUCCAGAGAGAGAGACAAAUUGGUGGUGACAGAAGGAUGAGAGGGAAAGGUAGAGGAGAGGAGAGAGGGAAGAGGAGAUGAGAGAGGGAAGAGGAUAAGACGGAAUGGUAUAGGAGAAGGAAGGGGAUGAGAGAGAAAGGGAGAUGAAGAGGGGAGGAAGAGAAGCGUGUGGGGGUUUUCUGAGGUUGGUCAGAUGCCUCUUUUCUGUUCACUGAUGGUCUCUGUGAAAACGUCACUUUGAAUGAGGAGCCAAUUAAAAUGUAUGUCCGUCCGUCCGUCCGUCUGUCUGGUUCUCCUUUGAGAUUCGAUCCUUGACAGCUUGUUGUAGCCGUUAAUAUUAUCAGGAAAAAGUAUUUGUAGGAUGACAAUGUUUAAAGCAAUACUGACACUUAUUCUGUAUCUGGAGCAUUUGCGUUGUACUUUGUGAGCUGCGAAGUCAAGGGAAACCAUGUCUUAUGUAACAUUGCAACUCGAGUUUAUGUACCAAAUUCUUGAAUUUCAUCCAAAUCAUGUGCAUCUCUCUCUCUCUCUUUCUCUCUCUCUCUCUUUCUCUCUCUCUCUCUCUCUCAAACACCAACCUCUUUGUUGUGUGAUCUAUUAUGGGUCAUUAUCUAACAGUGGCAUUUAGUGUUGUAGCUGACAUAACAUCUUGUGAUGGGCUAGAGGCCAGGUGGUUGCGUGAAUCGUUAUAAUAGUUAUUGGCCCAUAUUAAACGAUACAGAGAAGAGGAAUCAGACAUUGCUAGUCAACCCCUGACCCAUACAUCUGCUGAGUCACUGCCUCAUCUGAAUAAGGCCUUUUACGAUUUCCGUGUGGCCUAGGGGAACUGAACAGUAACAGACCAAUGGAGUGAAUGCAAAAGCAAUAUUCACAGCCUAUGAUGACCUGUACACACACGCGUGUUCUGCGGUAGCAUUUGUUCAAGGGAUAUUGUGAAUGUGAUUUGGUGGCCAACAUUAAUAAGCUACUAUGGUAUGACAGCACUAUAUUGCUCUUCGUAAUAUGUAUGAAUAGUCCAUCUCUAAUUCCUUGACGUGACCACACUUCCAUCUGUUCUAGUCUGACAACACCUAACCUAAGAGAAAACCAAUGAGUUCCGUCACCAACAGGGAUUUCAGAUAGCUUUUGGAGUGGUAUAUUUCUACGUGGAUUUCUAGAAACAUCCUUUUCUCCACUGCUUGGUUUCCAUGCAGACUACCACAGGUGGAGGUGGAGGGGAGAUGGAGAGAGACAAGAGUCCGGAAUUGUACGCUAUUCCUUAAUGAGCUGUGGACAAAACAAGUGAAUAUGUAGGGAAAUAGGGCGAGGGCCAUUUCAAAUGCUGGGUCUUGGAACAACGAUUCAUCCUUUACACUUUGUCCUCUACCUCCCUCCUUCUCGUCUAUUGUUGCAUGCUAGCUUCUUUCUGUAUCUGUAAACACAGGAUUGACAUGAUCCUUGGCAACAGCACCUUGCAUCCCUGACACAUGGAUACAGAGCAGGGAGGCAGCGGGAGAGGAGAGGGAGGGACAGCAGCAGACGAGAGAGGGAUGUUGUGUGUAAUAGCGGAUAAUUGGUUUGUCUUUAAGUGACACUCGCUGUGUCUCAAAUGGCACCCUGUGUGCAUGUGUGUGUUUGUCAGCUUGACUGCAUGGUCUGACAGUCCUCUGAGUGCCUAAAGAGAGAAACCCUCCAAAUGUUUGUCCUCCAGAACAUUUCUUCCUUCUUUAUCUCUCUUUUUUUUAGCCCUCUAUUUCUUUCUUUGAUCUCUCUUAUUAUACAUGCAUGUUGCUCAAAACACACCCAGGAUUUAUAUUGUAAACUUAUGUUUCCAUUAAGUUGUUUUGAUCAGAUUUCACAUUUCUGUAAAGGUUAGUUAUGUGGGGAUUUUUUUUUGGUGGUAUAAUCGAAGGGCUGUGUGUAUUCAUAACAUGCAAAGGUCAGAUAUGUAACUGGUAUGUGAUGGAGAUAAUACAGUAUGUGUCUCGGUUAUGUGUGUGUGAGAACACGGUUAUUCAUGUGACCACCAAUCAGAUGAGAGGUUAGCUCUGUUUACUCCGAUUCCAUCUGUCUGUGCUGGGGGGAGCUCAUACACGCAUACGCGCAUACACACACACACAUGCGCACACACACACACACACACACCAACUGUAGACUGCCUCGUGCAAUUACAAAGUCAUGUGCAAUUGUCUAGAAGAGCUCACUUGCACGCAAUUCCUAAGUGAGUCUAAUACAUCUUAUUCAGAACAGAACCUUAGACUAAGAAUAACAUCUUGGCAUUUAGUAAUUGACAAGGACAUGAUAGUGGUCACAUGCUAUUGUUGGCACAUUUCUUUCAGAGUACUACUAUUCCCAUUAUUCCACCCUAUCAGUGGGCAGCACCAACUCUACAAUAGGAACCAAACAUGGGCAAUUGGGCAUUGAAAGCACUGAGCUCCUGUGGUUUAAACAACAACAGACACAGUUUGAAGCCCAACAUCCUUCCUCAGACUUUGCUUCAUGUUUUAACUCUGUCCUGUGUGAUGUUUUUUCAGGCUAUUGCCAGGUUAAUGUAGUCCUGUCGGUGCCAUUCAUUCUGUCUGUGUCCUAAAUGGCUCCCUAUUGACCAGGGCCCAUAUGUCUUUGGUCAAAAGUAGUGCACUAUACAGUAUAGGGAAUAGGGUGCCAUUUGGAAGGAACAAUAUGUCUCUCUCUUUGUGGGCAUAUGUCUGAUUACCAUAAUCAUCAUCGGCUCACAUAUUAGCCACAACGAGAACCAAACGAGCUUUACACCUUCUUAAAAGAGACUUGUUUUCUAUAUUUGUCUAUAGCCGGCACUUCACAAACGGAAUAAUUAUUACUGUCUCUUCUCUCUUGUAUCUUGCACUUAACACAUGUAGCAAUACCUGUAGGAUGGGGAAAACAGACGUGUGAUUCACCAGUAUUUGUGAAGUAUUUCAUUUUAUUACUGGUUUAUUGUUCCAUUUUGUACAAAAUAUAUGCUGUACAGAUAUAACAAAUUAAAACGACAACAAAAGUCUUUUAGAUAAACUUUAUUUAUUUUUACUGUUUUUGUAAUUUAGACAUUAUACUGUAGCUCCUUUUUGGCCAGAAUUACUGAAAGUGCCUCUUGGUAUAAUGUAUUACAAAGUAAAUAUACAGUAUAUUGAGAUAAUUAGAAACUGUCACUAGCUGAACAAUGUGGAUGUUGUAAUGUGAAUACUGAAUAACAUGAGUUAAAUGCUG